ACAAUGGCUUCUUCUUCCCUAUCUAAAGAGCUUCAUUUUCUAUUGAUACCUUUAAUGUCUCAAAGUCAUAUUAUACCAAUAAUAGACUUUGCAAAAUUACUAGCCCUUCAUAGAGUCAAAAUCUCUAUUAUCACAACACCUCUCAAUGCCCAAAAAUACAAAUCUAUAGUCACACAUGCUCUAAAAUCCAAUCUAAAUAUCCAACUAAUUCCUAUACAUUUUCCAAGCCAAGAAUUUGGAUUGCCACAAGGAUGUGAAAAUAUGGAUACACUCAAUUCACUACAAAUGUUUAAAAAUUUCCUUUUGGCUAGUGAAAUGAUGCAAGAACCACUAGAGAAAUUGAUUCAAGAUAUGGAACCAAUGCCAAGUUGUAUCAUUUCUACUAGUCCUCUCACUUGGACACAACAAGUUGCUAAUAAGUUCAAUAUUCCAAGGUAUAUUUUCCAAACUGUUUCUUGUUUCACCCUUUAUUGUUCUCAUAUGCUAAAUGAAACAAAAAUACAAGAUACCCUUGUGUUGGAUGAUGAUUCAUUCUUGAUACCUAAUGUCCCACACAAGAUUGAGUUUACAAAAGCUCAAUUGCCUCAAUCUACUGAAGAUAUGAAGAGUCUUGUGGACAAAAUGAAGAAGUUUCAAGAUUUGGCUAGAGGUACUUUGAUAAAUACUUUUGAGGAGUUGGAACCUUGGUAUGUUGAUUCAUACAAGAAAGUUGUGAACAAAGUAUUUUGUGUUGGUCCAGUAUCAUUAUGUAACAAAGGAAUGGAUGAAAUAGUUGAUAGAGGAAACAAGGCCUAUGUUGAUGAGGAUAAUAAUUGUUUGAAUUGGCUUGAUUCUAUGAAGCCAAAAUCAGUCAUUUAUGCUUGUUUUGGUAGCCUUUGUCAAAUUUCAUUAUUGCAAAUGAAGGAAAUUGGAUUAGGGUUAGAGUCAUCAAAUGUACCUUUCAUUUGGAUAAUUAGAGGGCUAAAUUUUACAUUAGAAGUCGAAAAAUGGCUAAGAGAUGAAAAUUUUGAAGAGAGGGUUAAAGGAAGGGGGAUGAUUAUUCGAGGUUGGGCCCCACAAGUUCUAAUAUUGUCUCAUUCAUCAGUCGGAGGGUUUCUAACACACUGUGGAUGGAAUUCAAUGCUAGAAGGGAUAUCUCGUGGCGUGCCAAUGGCUACUUUUCCUAUGUUUGCUGAACAAUUUUACAAUGAAAAAUUCAUCGUAAAUAUUUUGAAGACUGGGGUUCGAGUUGGUGUUGAAGUGAGUACUACCUCUUGGAAUGAAGAGAAGAGUGGAGUGUUGAUUAGCAAAGAUCAAGUCAAGAAAGCAAUAGAUCAACUAAUGGAUCAAGGAUUAGAGGGUGAAGAAAGAAGAAAAAUAGCAAAGGAUUUGGCACAUAUUUCAAUGAAGGCAAUACAAGAAGAAGGUUCUUCAUACUUGAAUAUCAAAUUAUUGAUUGAAGAUGUCAUGCAUCUACUAAAAAAUAAAGAGGAAACAAGCCAUUGAAUAGGAU